CAGCUCUGCUCCUGUAUGAAUAGCUUUUCUGUUAAUAUAUCAGCCAGAAAGGAAGCUCAUCAGGCAGCGUUGAGUACCAGCUUUGAGAAUGGCCAAGAAAGUGCUGAUUGUGUUUGCCCAUGAGAGCCCUGCCUCUUUCAGUGCUGCAGCCAAAGAUGCUGCUGUAGCAGCUCUGAAUGCUCAGGACUGGACUGUGGAGGUGUCUGACUUGUACUCCAUGAAGUUUAAAGCUGCUGCUACUGCUGAGGACAUUACUGGUGGAAUGAAGAAUGAUGAGGGCUGCUAUGCAGAUGAGAUCAAACUGGCAUGGGAGGAAGGGAGACUGGUGGAUGACAUCAAAAAAGAGCAGGAUAAGCUCAAGGAGGCAGACCUCGUCAUCUUUCAGUUCCCCUUGUACUGGUCAUCUGUUCCUGCAAUCAUGAAGGGCUGGAUGGAUCGGGUGCUAGGCUUUGCCUAUGCACAGGAGAAGCGGUACAGCGAGGGGCUCUUCAAGGACAAGAAAGCCAUGCUGUCCUUCACCACUGACUGUCCUGAGUCUGUGUACAGUGCCACUGGCAUUAAUGGAGACAUUAAUGUCACACUGUGGCCACUGCAGAAGGGGAUCCUGAGCUACUGUGGCUUCCAGGUUCUUGCCCCUCAGAUCUUCUGGGAUCCUGCUCAUGUUCCUGCUGAGGCUCGCAGCUCCAUGCUGGAGAGCUGGCGUACACGACUGCAAAACCUCUGUGGGGAAGCGCCGCUCUACUUUGCUCCCUUGGACUACUUUGACAAGGAGAAGGGUUUCCAGCUGAAGCCUGAGGUCCACGAGGAAUAUGCCAGCAAAGAGUUUGGCCUGACGGUGGGGAUCCACAUGGGCAAACCACUGCCAGCCAACAGCCAGAUCAAGGCCAGGGUUUGAAGCUGGGGAGUGGGCCCUAUGUAGUGUUUUGGUCUUAAACU